AUGAAAAAGAACUUAUCAAGAUCAACAGUCGCUUCAAAUUCAACUUCAAUCACCUCAACAACAUCUCAAUCUUUUAAUUAUCCUUAUCACAAUAAUAAUCCAAGAAGAAAUAAUAGUUUACCGGUUGUUAAUGCAAUCAAUCCGAUUCAAACACCCUUUCAACAUAACAAACCUGUUAUAAUUUCUUCUAGAGGUUCAGCAGGAACUUCGCCAAAAAAUAUCAAGUCAUGUUCCGAGUUUGAUGAACCAGAACCAGAAUCAGAAUUGGAGUCAUCAAAAUCUACAAAGUCAUCGUCAGAGCCUUCGUCACGGAAACGUACCUUGACACAAGAACAUAAACAUCUUCCCCCAACGUGUUUAAAAGAAAUUCAAGAGAAGGACGGGAAGAAUGGUGCGAAAGAUAAUCAUAAUGAUAAGGACAAUUAA